CCACGUGCAGCUACCACACUUAUUUACAAAUAUUUCCAAAUUAACUCUUCAAAUUAUUUUGAUUUGAUUCAAGCUAAAACUGCCUGUUUGCUGCUCCAGAGCCGGAGUCGAUCCCUGGAAGAGAACUACAAAUCCCACAAUUCUUACUUCCGCAACCUAGCAGGGCAUGUUGACUACCGUUAGCAAGAAAUAGCCCACUUCUGUCUUUUGAGCUGGUUGCAGUAACGUUUAAUGUCACCAACGAGGUGAGGAGCAUAACGACCUAAUGCAGACAGCUCCGGGCAUGAAAGCCCUCUGUCUGUCUUUGCUGCCAGGUGUGUGUCCCUGCCAUAAGUAGCAGUGAUGGAUGGAGAAGCCCAGAGGGCGGCUGUGUCGUGGGAGAAUGGUACCCUGGCCCCUGUGGACCGCCUUCGCUCUGAGAGGGCGGACAGCCCCACACCAGGUCUGGUGGAGGGAACUGAACCAGGUGCCGGUCAGAAGAGUGCUAUGUUCGUCCAUGCGCAGUCUUUCGAGGAUCUGACUGCUGAGGCUGAGGCUGGUAGGGAGGCUGAACUGGACAAAUCAGGCGAGUGUGCAGGGGACGUCACAGUGCUGGUGGGAGAGAAAACCAUAGAGGAGCAGCACAACAACGACCAUUCAUCGGAGACUAGGACUAAGGAGGAAGACGUGUCCAGUGAGGCGUGGAGGAGUCACAGGAAACACGUGUUUGUGCUGAGCGAGGCUGGAAAGCCAAUCUACACCCGCUAUGGCACGGAGGAGGCUCUGUCCAGCACCAUGGGGGUGAUGAUGGCCCUUGUGUCCUUCGUUGAGGCCGAGAAGAACAUCAUCCGCUCCAUCCAUGCAGACGGCUGUAAAGUGGUUUUCCUCGCCAAGAGCCCUCUGGUCCUGGUGGGUGUGUCUCGAACCUGUCAGUCAGACAAGGAGCUGCUGCGGGAGCUGCAGUACAUCUACUACCAGAUCGUCAGCCUGCUCACCCUCACCCAGCUCAACCACAUCUUUCAGCACAAGCAGAACUACGACCUGCGCCGCCUGCUGGCUGGCUCCGAGUAUCUCACCGAUAACCUGCUGCAUCGGCUGGAUCGAGACCCCGGUCUGCUGCUCAGCGCCGUCACCUGCCUGCCUCUGGCCAGCUCCGCCAGGGACGUGGUCUCAUCAAGCCUGCAGGCCGCCAAAGCCAAUAACCUGGUGUUCUCCAUCCUGCUGGCUGGGGACCGCCUGGUUACUCUAGUGAGGAAAAAGGACCAGUUCCUGCACCACAUAGACUUGCACCUGGUCUUUAACCUCGUUGGCUCCUCCUCGUCCUUUCGAGAGGGCGAAGGCUGGACGCCCAUCUGUCUGCCAAAGUUCAACACUGCGGGAUUUUUCCAUGCUCACAUUUCUUACCUGGAGCCUGCAUCCGAGCUCUGCCUCAUCCUGGUCUCGACCGACAGAGAGGAUUUUUUUAACAUGUCCGACUGCAAGCAGCGGUUCCUGGAGAGACUGAGCAAGCGCAGUGCCUACCAGGCCCUGAAGGAGGCACUUAAAUGUCCCAGCUAUUCUGUGGAGCAGGUCGGCAUCCCGGAGCUCAGGCACUUCCUGUACAAAUCAAAGAGCUCAGGGCUGUACACCAGUCCAGAGUUUCCUGUAAUGUACCAGUCUGAUGAAGAGCAGGAACGGCUGAUGGGAUUGUACCAAGACCUUCACAGCCACCUGCAUCAUCCAACCAGACCUCUCCGCUCCUUCUACCGCUGCAGUGAAACUGAAAACUUGCUGGCGUGGGUGACAAGUGGCUUCGAGCUCUACCUCUGCUUCAGUCCGCUGGGGACCAAGGCCCUGGCUGUCUCUGCUGUCAACAAACUGCUGAAGUGGAUCAGGAAGGAGGAGGAUCGCCUCUUCAUCCUGAGUCCUCUCACAUACUGAGUCCUCACUUUCAGCUGACCUCCCGCAACAAAAAGCAUCACCCUGAACGCUGACAGGCCUUAUGCUAACAAGAGCUGUGGAUGAUGCAGCAGUCAGUUCAGUGUUAAGAAACGAUUGUCAAAACUAUGCUUUCUUGCUUCGGGGCUCCUCUGAUCUAAUUGGGUGAUGCAGUAGAUUGUGCAAUGAGGAAGUGAAAACAGUAUUUUAUCUGGCUCGAUUUUUUUAUGACUUAAGAUUUGGAUUAACAGACGGAAGCAGCAUCCACAUAAUGGAUGACACAAUAACAACAUGAACGAGGGUGUUUGUAUGCUGUUGAGAUAAUUUCAUAGAUGAUUGUUUUAGUAGACCUAUUUUGGAUAGAAUAAGAAAAAUCCUGUCUUUUUUUAAAUGCUAUUAGCUUAGUUCUUAAAAAUCAAGAAUAAAAUCUGAAAUCAAAAACUGUAAUUUUCUGAAGACCUGCAGUAGAAUGUAUUAUCUUGUUAUAAGACCUGCUGUCAUAUAUGUGUUAACUACAUUCCUGUUGUGUUUUUUUUUUUACAUAACGACCAACAACAAGAGCCUCUAUGCACUUUGUUUAUGCAAAAGACACGCCAAGAGAAAAGUGUUUCAUGAGUCUGUAACCUGUUUACUGCUGUCAUUUGAUUGUAUUAACAUGUAUUGUUAAUGUCAGUGUAAAGGAAUCUAAAUGUAAGUCUCUUAAUCCUCCAGUGUCCAUCAGACAUUUUCCCUCCCACAUUUUUGUUUAUGAUUUAUUUUAUCAGCUUGUGUCUAAUCAUAAAGAUUAACUCUAUUUCAUGGGUUCCAACUUAGCUUAAGGAAUCCAACGUUGCCACAUCUGCCUCCACUAAUCAUGCCUUAUCUAAUAGUCAUUGUCCAAGCCAAUAAGGUUGCAACAGUGCAGAUUUAUAGCUGCUGCACAAUUCCAGAAUUAUCAUAUAUAUAAAUAAAUAAAUGGCUAGAAAGAAAACACA